GCCACUUUUUGGCUCUAGUGUUGAUUUUCUUAUCCAUGCAUGGUGUAUUUACUCAGGAUUCUGCCUGUGAUGGAUGGUAUGGUACUGGAGUUACAGUUUCAGAAUCUGUGAAAGCAAUUAUAACAAGUCCCAACUUUCCUCUUGACUAUGACAAUGAUAAGAAAUGCAUUUGGCGAGUAAGUACUUCAGAUGCUGGCCUUCUUAUAAAAGCAACCAUCAAUGAAUUUGAUCUACAAUAUAACACUGGAUCAGGAGACUGCCCAUUUGAUAGUCUGACAUUUUCGGAUGGUGACUCAUCUGGUGGUGAUGUUAUUGGAAAAUACUGUGAUACCAUUUACCCUGAGGUUAUUUAUUCAACUGAAAAUGGAAUGUACAUUGAGUUCCAGAGUGAUAGCUUUAAUACAUACAAGGGAUUCGAGGUCACUGUUUCUGCAGUAAAAGCAGAGGAGGGGUUAGGAUUGUGCAACCCAUCCAAAGGUCAGAUCAGGAAGCCUUAUGGUUCAUCUGGUACAUUAUAUACACCACAAUUUCCGAUCCCAUACCCAGAUGACACCACCUGUAUUUGGACAAUCACUGCUCCAGUUGGGAAAAGAGUUAAAUUGAUGUUUGAGAAAUUCAGUCUCCCCCAAACCCCUUAUUUCCUUGAAGAGCCGCAUGCUGAUGGUGAAUAUUGUGGUUAUGAUGAAUCCAUGGGUGCAGAUCUUGUGGAGAUACGGGAUGGUCCAUGGCCUGACAGCAAACUACUUGGCAUUUAUUGUGGCUACAAGAUGCCUUUUGAUGUCUAUUCCACUGGGCGCUACUUGUGGGUUAAGUUUCGUUCCAUUUCUGAUGGCAAGACGAGUCGUGGUAUCAAAGCUCCUUUUGAAGCUGUAGACCCCAUUGUCAGCGAGGAGCAGUGCUUACCUGGAAACACCAAAAAUGUAAAUCUGAAACUGACUGGAUUAGAAGGAACGCUGCAAAGUCCUCUGAAGUACUAUCCACUCAAUAUGAAUUGUGAUUGGCUAAUCACUGUGCCAGAUGAUAGCAUUGUGAAACUCAGUUUUGAGAGAUUCGACUUGGGCUUAGGUGGUUGCAAUGGUGAGGAUUUAAGGGAUUAUGUAGAGGUUCUGGAUGGCAAAGAUCUUGACAGCGAAAGCAAAGGAAAAUUUUGUGAUCGGACAAUUCCACCUAUUAUUCGGUCGAGUGGUCGACAUAUGAGAGUGGUUUUUAGAUCCGACGGAUCUGGACCAUUUUACACUGGAUUUAAAGCUGCGUUCACAGCUGUCGAGAAAAAGAAUAACACUGUACAGUUGCAUUUGACCAUCGCGGUCGUCGUUCUCAGUGUGAUUCUUCUCAUGGUGGUUGCCUGCUUACUCGUGCAACGUUUAAAGCGAAAAAAAAAGCCUCGCAAUGAAGCCGCCAGAGGUACAGUUCAUAUGUCAACAGUCGCAAGGUCAGAUUCUGCAACUGAACUCGCGGGAGUGACCGAGCACUCUCCUCCCUCUACCCCUCGCGUUCCUGUUGCCCCAUCAGCAAACUCUCCCAGACCCCGACCAGUUGGUUAUACUCCGGUGCCGACAGCCCCAAAUCUUCCACCCUCAGAAGGCCCAAAUUUGGUAGAUCUACCGCCAGCGUACCCUACAGAAGAACAGAUUCCGCAGUAUCCGCCCUCAGGGGAAUCAUAUCCAUGGCAACAGACUCAAGCGUCGGCAGCCCGCGAGAGUUUGGUGCUAUUUUCCUUGAUGGCUAGAAAUACAUUUGCUCAGGAAAUUGCCAACAGCUCUACAAAGGUUUGUUUUCCUGGUAACACCAAUAAUAACAACCUGAGAUUGAAUGGCCUAAGUGGAAGUUUUCGAAGUCCUAAGGGCCAGCUCCUGAAUUCAAGUUGUGACUGGCUUAUAACUGUUCCAGAAGGCAAAAUUAUAAAACUAGUAUUUACUGGAUUUCACCUUGAAUCUGAUCGUCAUCCGUGGGGAUGCCCAAGGGAUUUUGUGGAGGUUUAUGAUGGGAAUAGCAGUUCUAGUGUGAGGAGAGGCAGAUUCUGUGGCUCUGUAACGCCAAUGAAUAUUUACUCAACUGGCCGGUACAUCGUGGUGCGACUCAGAACAGACAAUGAAACGUCAUGGCACCUUGGAUUUACAGCCACGUUCACAGCUGAGGAAACUUACAUUUGUCCGUAUCAUGCCAAGGUACUCUAUGUCUCCGAAUCUUCCGUCAGAACACUCACGAGUCCAAAUUACCCUUCGCCGUACGACAGCAAUGAAGAUUGUAAGUGGAUACUUGAAGCACCUAGUGAACUCAUAGUUAAGGUAACAUUUCAGGCCUUCGAACUGGCAGGAGACAUGUACUUUUACAGUUCCUGCCGGGAUAAACUUAUAUUUUACGAUGGAAAUGACACCACUUCGAACAUCCUUGGAACCGCGUACUGUGGCGCGACUCCGCCUGAUUUAAUUUAUUCUACUGGACGACACAUAUUUGUCGAGUUCAGCACAGAUCGUUACACAAAUCGCAAGGGGUUUAAAUUAAGUUUUUCAGCUGUUAAUAAAGAGGAAUCAGCUUCAAUUUGUCGCUCAUCAAGUGAUAAAGUCAUUCACCUCAGGGGGUUCAAUGGUACCUUCUUUACCCCUAAUUAUCCAGCUUUUUACGCAACAAACUGGACAUGCAUUUGGCUUAUUUCUGUUCCAGCUGGCAAACGAGUGAAGCUUACCUUUGAAUAUUUUAGCUUAAAAUCUGAUGAUGCCUUCCAGAUACGCGAUGGUAAAUCACCUCGAAGCCCUGAGCUACGACGUUUUGACGUAAAUUAUCGUUAUGAUGUUUAUUCCACUGGAAGUUACAUGUGGGUGAAGUUUCAUUCUGGUUUUGACAGUUGGUUUUAUAAACGAAGAGGUUUCAAAGCACGGUUCGAGGCUUUAGAUCCUCCUGGAAAUCCCGAGGAAUUUUGUUAUCCUGGAAACGUUUACAACAACAAUUUAAAACUAAGUGGUUUUUAUGGAACCCUUCAAAGCCCGGCCGAACGUUACUAUCCACAUUUAAGUUGUACAUGGCUUAUCGUUGUGCCUGAAGGAAACAUAAUCGAGUUAAGCUUUCAGACGUUUCGUAUACCGAAGGGUCCCUCCUCAAAAUGUACACCAGAUUAUGUGGAAGCUCUUGACGGGAAGGACAGCUCUAGCGAUAGUAAAGGAAGAUUGUGUGGGUACGAUAUACCAGAACGAAUUCGCUCGACUGGUCGAUACAUGAUGGUUCGUUUCAGAUCGGGUGAAAUCAUGACGAUAACCGGUGGAUUUAGUGCUGCAUUCAGAGCUCGGGAUGAACCAGUUGAACCUGUUGCAUCUUCUCGUUCCAAAGAAGUUUGUUUGCUGGGGAAUCCCGAUAAUGGAAACCUGAAGUUAACUGGCACAGAGGGGACAUUACAAACUCCUCUGAAGUAUUACCCCACGGAUUUAGUCUGUGUUUGGCUCAUCACCGUACCGGAGGGAAAGAGAGUAGAACUCAGCUUUGAAAAAUUUGAUAUAAGUCCAAUUGGGUGCUCUGAUUUUGUGCAGAUCUUUGAUGGAGAGACUAACAAGAGCCGCACUUUAGAAGAAUACUGCGGAGAUUCUGUCAUACGCGAAGUUCAGUCAACUGGUCGGCAUAUGUUGGUCAGAUUCAACUCCGACUCUGAGCCUGAUGUAUUACGUACUGGAUUGAAGGCUUCUUUUAAAGCUAUAAGUAAGCCCAAAUCAUUGGUCAUCGUUGUCGCAGUUGUAUCUUCUUUGAUGGUCAUAGUAAUUGCAGUGGUUUGCUUUAUGGUGUAUAAGAGGACACGAAGUAACAAACGACGUGGAGCUGGGGUAGAAAGAAUUCCAAUGGCACCAGCACCGACCACGUCUCGCACAUCCCGUCCUACUCAGUCUGGAGCCAAUGAGUCAUCCCCAAGAGUGGAUUAUGCUCCGGUCUCGACGAAUCCUGAACAGUCAGCUCACUUGUUAUCAAAUCACUGAGGCAGCAUUAACACCGCCAGUCCUUUUGCGAGCGGCAAGUUUGGUAAUCAGAGACCAUUAUAAAAACCAAACAAAGGCAACAACAACAAAGGCAGAAGUUGCAAUUACCCGAUAGAAGGCCUUUUAUUAUAAAUUAAGGACAGUGCUGGAUGAAAUCCUCCCCCAUCCCGUGCGUCCUUUCAUUUAGCCUCUUAUAAACUAUGUUCCCGGCUGCGCGCUGCCAGGGAGUUGUUUGUGGUCAUCCAAGGUGACCUCGGUCCACGAAUUCGU